ACCAACACUACACUCCUCAUCACUAUAAACUCCUUUGGGGUCUUCAUUGAAACUAUCUAUGUUGGCUUUUACCUUUUCUAUGCACCAAAGAAAGCCAGGAUCCAAACUGUGAAGAUGCUGUUUUUAACAGUGGUUGGUGGAUUUGGUGCAAUAAUCCUCAUUGCUCAGUUUCUAUUCAAAGGUGUCGCUCGUGGCCAAGUGGUUGGAUGGGUUUGCCUUGUUUUCUCCUUAUGCGUGUUUGUCGCGCCAUUAUGUAUAGUGAGAAAAGUUAUUAAAACAAAGAGUGUGGAAUACAUGCCACUUCUCCUAUCAGUUUUUCUCACAUUAAGUGCAGUGAUGUGGUUCUUCUAUGGUCUUCUACUUAAAGACAUUAACAUUGCUGCUCCAAACAUAUUAGGAUUCAUCUUUGGUAUUCUCCAAAUUGUGCUCUAUGUAAUAUAUAACAAGAAAGAGAAGCACAUCCUUAAGGAGCAGAAUCUUCCUGAGCUACAAAAUCAUGUCAUAAUCUUGGAUGAUAACAAGAAGCUUCCAGAACUAACUGAAGAACAGAAAAUUGACAUUAUGAAGCUUAGUAAAUUGGUUUCAAGUUUGCAUGAAAAUGCAUCUGCAGCAGCUAAAGAAGAGAACCUGCCCAAGCUACAAUCUGUACAGGCCUAAGACUUUGUGAACCAUUAAGUUUACAUGCACAUGCAACGUGUAUUAUCUUAACGAAAUGCCCCCAGUAUUAAUUGAGCCAGACAAAAUGAAGGCUAAUUAAUUCUGA